CGAAGACAAAGCAUGGCUAAUGGUAAUUGCUUACCGCAAAUGACGGAUUUCACGGUAUAGUCAAACCCAUACGACUGAAUGUCUCGCUCAAAGCAGUGUGCUGAUGACCUUUCAACUCCUUCAACACCGCACCGCAGUUCAAACGCUGUCCAGCGUCCAAAUGUUAAGCUAGCGACGAGCAAUGACAGCUGCUCUCAAAAGCCCGCGCCUAAUAGAGCUCUGUCACCGGCUUUGUUUGACAGCCUGCAACGGCGUGCGGCUCAGCUAAAGGUACUUUUGGAUAGUCUUCAAAGCAACGACAGGAGCCGUUCGCCUCUUACCUAUAGUGUCGAACAUAGCCAUGCAUCGUUUGGACUUUCACCAGCAUCAGCAACGUCUGGAGGAUCCUGUCUUGUCCUAAAAAAGAGCAGUGCAGUGUCUGGGGCCACUUCUUCGGGCGCUAUUGGGGCCAAAGCCAAACGGGCGCAAAGCGUCACUUCGCAGCGUGCGCCACGCGCUCGCAGCCCUCACGAGUUGUCGCAACGUCUUCAAGCGAAGAAAGUCGAAUCGGAGCUACGUAAAAGCCAAGGAGGUGUAGCAGGGGCAAUCGGCUCAACGUCCAUCCUCAACAGAUAUGCUGGCCGAGAUAGCAGCUGGACGGGCGGUGACCCCUCCGUCAAGAAGGCUAUCUCCAAGCAGCAGGUACACCACGGGGAGGCCGUCGCCGAGCAGCUGCAAGUGCGCGGUGGCGCAGGCCGCCGCCACCGCAACGGAGGUGGCGGGGACGGAGGCAGCGGUAGCCUCGUGUGCGGCAGCAGCAGCGCCAAGGGCCUAGCUGCCGCUGGUUCCCAUGCUAGAGAGGCAACCACCAGCAGCAGCUGUACCAACAGCGGCAGCAUCCUUAGCAGCCGAAUAGGCGGCGCUACCAGCGGGAACAACAACCCCCAAAGCUAUGCCGGGACUCCGUCCUCGGAAGCUGUUGCCGCGUCGACAAAGAGUUGUACAGCAUCGGCGGCCGUGGUCAUGACAUCGCCUUCGCCCCCAACUGCCGUACCUGCUGCCGCUGCUACUGCCGUUGCCCCUCCAAACGGCUUAUACGGCAACCCAAGUGCGGCUACUGUGGCGACAUCGCGGUGGCCUCACCCACCAACCACCGCCCCAUUACCGCUACCUCUGCAGCAACAACGAAGCCACGCUUCCGACCCAGAUCAAGAAGACGAAGAACCAGCUGCCUGCCGACCUGCUAGCGGCCGAGAGGGCAUUGACCUCCGUGACGAUAGCAGCGGCGCCAAUGUUGGUGUUCUCGCAGCUGCCCAGGAAUCCACGAAGCCGGGGAUGCAAAACAUACCAGCAGCGUCGGAGGUUGCGGCCGCGCCGUCACUAGCCUUGGGACAACAAGCAGACCAACAGCAGCAAGAGCAGCAGCAUCAGCUCCCCAUCACGGGCGCUACCUUCAGCGUUACACGCGCUUUGGAGCUCAUCCUGGCAGCAUCGCAGCUUCCGGACCUGCCGGCGCCCGGCAUCCCUGGAGUAGCUGCAUCCGAAACCGCCGCCGCCAGGGUCUACCGGGACCUGCAACUCGGAGGAGAAGGAGGCGCCACUGGAUCUGUCGUACUGGGAGCCACCUCCGAAACCGCACCCGGAAGCCUUAAUGGUGGCAGCGCAGUCGCCAUUGCCAGAGCGGGUGAAGGUGUGGGCGGUGCUGCGGCCUCUGUUGAUGAUGAUGGGGCGUUGGGGGAGGAAGCGAUGGCGACUUCUUCCCUAGCUGGGGCCUACAUGCCAUCGGCGGCCUCUCCAGCGGCGGUGGCUGAGGAGCAGCAGCUGCAGCCGGGGCAACGGCAACCCGUGAGCAUCUGCGACGGAGACGGCAAGGACGGGGGUGACGGCUCCACUGCUGCCGCCGCUGCAGCCAUCGGACCUAUGGAGGUGUUUAGCGGCAGCGAGCCGACGAGCUGCGCACCCAGCAGUAGCAGCUGCAGCAGCGGCAGCAGUGGUACUGGCGGGUACGGUGCUUCUGAGGGCGAUGGUGGGUGCGGUGGGAAUGCUGCUGCUAGCGCUGCUACUGCUGCUACAGAUGAUGCCGUUUCAGCUGAUGAAAUGAGAAUGAAUAUGACAAGCCCUGGCUCGGCGGCAGCACCACCAGCAGGAGCCGCCGGCGCUGCUGCAGCCGCAUCCACCAAGUCCGAGGCGGCGACGUCGGCGGCAUCGGAGGAGGCUCUGGCGCGAGCGCUGGCUGCGGCAAGGGCGAGUGCCCAAGUCGCCUUCCUAAACCAACGCAACCAGCUCCUCCAAAAGCACAACCCCCAGACCGCCGCCAACGGUGCCAUGCAGCGUCCCACUCCUGCCACUCCCGGCGGGAGCCUUCACAGCAGCAGCCUCCCCAACAACCGCCACAACAGCAACCCGGCUUCCUGCCGAAGCAGUGCCAGCGGCGGUUGCAAAGCCGCUGCUGCUGCUUCUAGCCUUGUCAGCGGCAUCAGUCCCAACCCACACAUCGCCAGUCCGUCCUCCUUACCUUCCUCAGCAGCCCCUGCUACAGCUUUCCGUACACAAAUCAGCAGCAGCGACGACGGCUUCGGGCACGGAGCUGCCAGUUUCGGAGCAGCUCGUGAUGGCCUUGCUGUUCCUGCUGCUGCGACUGCUGUCGCGGAUGAUGCUUCCUGCAUGGGCUUUGGACAGGCGGACGCUGCGGCUGCGGCUGUGACUGUGUUGCAAACCUCAGCGGCCGCUCCUGCUGCUGCUGCUGCUACGGGGGCUGUCGCAAAUGGCAGUAGCCGUUACGAGCAGCUUUUGACAAUGCUGCUGUCUCGACCCGCCGUAGGCGGCCGUGGCAGUGGCGGUGGCGCAGCAGCCGCCGCCCCCGCCGCUGCCGGGCCGUCAGGUGCAUGCAGGGGGCCGUGUCGCAGCUGCGGUGGUGCUGCACCUGGGGGGCGGGGCGGAGGAG